AGAAGAGCGACACCAGCAAAUUCUGAUCUUUUUCUCCCCAAUCUUACAUUUCGCUCUCAUUGUCUCUUCAACCCAAACCCACGAAAAUCAAGAUCUCCACAACCCCAUCUACAGAUACACAUUUCUGUAUCUGACCAAACAAACCCAGCUAACUCUUUUUUGUUUAGGCUUUUCUUUCAAACAAAGUCCACAAUCAUGAAGAUCUCCACGAACCCACCUCUACAUGCUCUUUUUUGUAUCUAAAAAUCCAAACCCUUUUUUUAUAUUAUCCAAUUUUUUUGCUACAUUCAUUCCAUGCUUCAGAAACUAGAUAAACAGGGAAGAAAUCCACUAUGGGAGCUGAGAAGAAAUGGCUCUUCACACUCUUCUCUGCCAUAUUUAUCUCUUUUAUGCUUUUCCUUUCCUCAAUUUCUGGGUUUAGUGCCUCAUAUCAUUAUUUCACCUCCUACAAACCCUACACUUCAACCGUCCGGCACGGUCCCGGGUACCCUCCGGCAUUCGCUUACUUAAUUACGGGUGGGAAUGGCCAUAAGGACCGAAUGUUUAGAUUGCUGCUUUCAAUUUAUCAUCCGAGGAAUCGUUAUUUGUUGCACAUUGGGGCAGAUGGGUCGGACGAUGAGAGAAGGAAAUUGAUGGCUUUGAUUAGGUCUGUGCCAGUGAUUACAGCCUUUGGGAAUGUGGAUGUGGUGGGGAGACCUGAUCCGGUGACCUAUAUGGGGUCCACGAAUAUUGCUGCGGUUUUGAGGGCUGCUGCUAUAUUGUUGAAGGUGGAUAGUGGGUGGGAUUGGUUUAUAACAUUGAGUGCAUUAGAUUAUCCAUUGGUUACCCAAGAUGACUUGUCACAAGUUUUCUCCUCUGUUAGAAGAGACCUCAGUUUCAUUGAUCACACUAGUGACCUUGGAUGGAAAGAGGGUCAGAGAGUCCAGCCAAUUGUAGUUGAUCCGGGACUUUACUUGGCUAGGAGGACCCAAAUCUUUCAUGCCACAGAAAAGAGGCCAAUGCCUGAAUCUUUCAAAGUUUUUACAGGUUCUCCAUGGGUUGUCUUGAGCCGAUCCUUCCUUGAAUUUUGUGUUUUUGGCUGGGAUAACCUCCCCCGAACCCUUUUAAUGUACUCUGCUAAUGUAGCCUUAUCUCAAGAAUUCUAUUUUCAUUCUGUCAUUUGCAAUUCACCAGAGUUCAAGAACACAACUGUUAAUAACGAUUUGAGAUAUGUGGUCUGGGACAACCCCCCAAAGAUGGAGCCCCUCUUUCUCAACACGUCAGGUUAUGAGCCAAUGGUCCAAAGUGGAGCUGCUUUCGCAAGACAGUUUGAAAUAGAUGACCCAGUGCUAGAUAUGAUUGAUGAGAAGAUCCUCAAGCGUGGCCAUAACCGAGCUACCCCAGGGGCAUGGUGCACUGGCUGGAAGAUCUGGUUGAUGGAUCCAUGCUCCCAAUGGGGUGAUGUCAAUGUUUUGAAGCCAGGACCUCAAUUGAAGAAGUUUGAAGAGUCUACACACAAACUUCUCGAUGACUGGAAGUCACAGUCAAACCAGUGCAGAUGACAACAUACCAAUUAAACAAAGACCACUGUAACACGCGGUUAGUGUUUUGCUGCAUCUGAUUAUUGGCCAAUUUGAAUACCUUUGGUUGAGAGGCAUUCUUUGGUAUUUAUACAUUCUUUUUGGGGUAUUCAUCUGGGAAUGGGCUGCUCCAGUGUGAACACUGUGGGUAUGAAGUCGAGGGGCAAGAUAAAUUCAUUUCUGGUGUGGGGCUGUCACGUGGCUUUGGAGCAAGUAUAAUUGUAAAACCACCACCAGCAGUCUUCGAUCAAUAAGAGGAAUCUCCCUCCGAUGUCAUGGAUACACUGUUAUGUAUUCGAUUAUACCUUCUUGGCUUUCCAGUUGACUCUAUCCUCAAUGUUACAGCACGAGUUCAUUUUUGAAUCUUCAACCUGAUUGUGUUUUUGACCUGUCCCCUUCUUCUGCCCACAUGCAUACAUCUCAGCUAAGUAAGGUUUCUAUGUGGUUGGCCCAAAAAAUGCUGGUUCUUACGUGAGGAAGCCAUCGAUCAAUAAAAGCAUUGCUUUUGUCGAGAAGUUACUUACCUACUUGUGCCCAGAGGUGUAUCACAGACGAUUUGUUUUGGCUUUGUGGUGUACCUUACGAGGACUAUGCGAACAAAUUUCAUGUAUAGAUCUAACAUUAAAUUGUUUCAUUUUUUUCUAUUUGGAAAUUCAAGAUGAUCAAGUGCCGG